CCUGGCGCUCUGGAGUGAAGGAAGGGGGACUAUUUGUUGGAGCGCAGGCAGCGCGGCAACACACCCGCACACUCAAUAGUGAGUCAGCCCGCCGGGAGUACAGCAGGGGGAAUCAUUACCUUGUGUGUGCGGUCACGGAAUUAAACAGAACACACUCCAGCCCGGAGGCGACUUUUUGAAGCGAGAGUAUACCUCACGUCGGACUUUUUUUUUUUUUUUUUUUUUUUAAUUCCCCCCCCCCCCUACUCGCUUGCCAGCGAAGUGAACCUGCUGUUCCCCCCCCUCCUCCCCCAUCUAUAUCCCGGCACAUAUCGGAGCGACCAUGGCCCGACAACAUCUCUUCCCAAGUCGACAAGACUGCUUCAAAGUGCUACUUUUACUCAUCGGCUCCACAGUUGUACCGCACGGGGCAUCUGGUCAGCAAGUGAAAGUGGAGCCGGAGGUGUUGUCGUACCCCGGACAGACUGUCAACCUGCUCUGUGCCUUUCCAGACACAACUGGGAUUCAGAUCACCCUGGUCACCUGGAGCUACGAGGCAAAGGAGGGAGAGAGGACGAAUAUAGCCGUAUUGCACCCCACCUAUGAACCCGACUACCCUGAAUCGCCGUUUAAAGGAAGAGUCACCUUCAUGGACAGCCCCCCCAAUAUGGAUAGCCCCUCCAUUCAGAUCAGCAAUGUUCGCAUGAUGGACGAAGGGAAGUACAUCUGCGAGUUUGCUUCCUUUCCCGGUGGACACAAGCAGGGAAUCACCCAACUGGUCAUGCUCACAAAGCCCCAAAACUCUGCCUCCCCCUUAACUGUGGAAGUGGAAAGCAAGCUCAUAGUGGUGGCACGCUGUGAGUCCCUCAACGGAAGGCCCGCCGCACAGAUCCGCUGGGUGACCACCGCCAACGGAAACGCCACCACGUCAUCCAAGCCGGGCCAGGACAACACGGUGUCGGUCACCAGCGAGUACCGCAUGAUUCCAACAGCGACAGACAAUGGAAAAGACAUCAGCUGUAUAGUGUCUCACCGGACGCAGACCACUCCGGAGAGCUUCCAGAUGAAACUCAAAGUUCUAUAUGCCCCCCAGGUGACAAUAGUGGGUUACGACAAUAAUUGGUACAUGGGCCGUACAAAUGUGCUGCUCACCUGUCAGGCUACUGGCAACCCGGUACCAACAACGGUCCAAUGGAAGUCUAUGACGGGGGAGAUGCCUGACACAGUGCAAAUCAAAGACAACCAGCUGAGGGUGCUGAAGGUAGACGAGGCGGUCAACACCACUUUCGUCUGCGAGGUCAAGAACCGUGUCGGGACCGGCAGAGACCAGGUCACGGUCUUGGUCAGAGAGCCUUCAGUGAACCCGUCCAAUGCCGGCGUGGUGGCGGGGGCUGUGAUCGGCUCCCUGCUGGCCCUGCUUUUGGUCGCCGCUCUGGUCGCCGUGCUGGUCACUCGUAGCCGCCGUCGGCAGCAGGGCUACCGCGCCAAUGAUGGCGGCGACAUGAAGGCCCGCAUAUUCGGCGGAGGAAAGAAAGCCAGCAAGAACGGCACAGGUGGCGUUGGUAGCGGCGUGGGCAACAACAACGGCCCAAUCUACGUGUAUGAUGAUGGCUCGUCCCAACAGGGGGAGAAAAACAACCACGGGCCCCUCACCAUUGGGGGGCGGCCCGAGGUGGUUGCCAGCACGCCCACUGCCCAGGACAUCCUGCUCAGCAGUGAGCUGGAUGACGCCGAGAGGAGGAAGUUCGACGAACUGGAGGAGGAAGAACGGUACGACCACUUCUCUGGUGGCGCUCCCAUCCUGCAGCUGCGCCAGCCCAACGAGCAGGACGAUAUGAUCGAAGACUACCUGGACGACGACAUGGAAUCCCAGCGCGAUGGCUCCGUCAUCUCUCGGACUGCUGUUUACGUCUAAAGUGAGAAACAAGAAGGAAGGAGCAAACCCGAAGAUUUUUGUGCCUCCGUCAGAUGGAGAUGAGAAAAUGAAACCACAUUUAUUUAAUUUUAUUUUAUUCCAUAUACGCCGAUAUUAAACAGUAUAGCCCCGUUACUGACUGGAGGAAGACAUUGUAGGAGAGAGGAGUGUUUGUUUGUUUCGCGGUCUAUCAAGGACUCUUGACAAAAUGGUAGUUAUGGAAUCAUGUUGAGGCCAAAUAGCAUUGCAAUGACAGAGCAUUUCCUCUUAAGUGCUCCAUAACGCAUCACAGUUGUCACAUAUUUUGCCCGCCGUUCUCAAAUCUCCUGCGGAAAACCCUUUUGUGCUUUUAGUAGUGCAUUGUCCUAUGACGAGCACGGGGUGGGUUACUCGCUUGUGAUGGGGUGCGUAAGUGCGAGAGGAUUUGUUUGCCAACGUAGAUUGUCCGUUUUUUUUCCCCACCCUUUUCCUGACUUUCCCGUCAAACUCAUAAAUCGCAACCACCUUGUUUGAAAUUGUCAGGUUGAUUGAUUUGAAUCGAAAGUAGGCCUGUAGCCAAAGUGGAUUUUUUUUUAAUGAGCUCCAAAAGAAUAACUACCACUAUUGCCCCUUUGAGUCGAAUUUAUUUUUUAAUAGUAAAGUUACUUUUUCCAAGAAAUCUACUAAAGUGGGUGCUCGGUUUAUGGUUUCGGCUUUAUGAAUGGCUCGUAACAAAUUAGUGUCAUUUACUUUACGUAAAAGCUGUAAUCUUUCAAUGGUUUGUACGAUAUUUAUUCCCUAGACCUGUCCAUCCAUCCAUUUUCUGUAGCGCUUGUCCUAAUUCGGGUCACAAGUGAGCAAGAGCCUGUCCCAGGGUACACCAUUGACGAGUUGCCAGCCGAACGCAGGGCCUAAACUAUUUUUGUUUUUUUUUUAACAGAUAUUAUAAUUACGACUUUACUACAGUGUUAGGCAAGAUCAAUAAUAGAAUAUGAAUUAUUAUGAAUGAUUUUGCUAUGGUAAAUUUAUUCAGUCACCUUUGUAAAUGUAGUACUACGCCUGACAGUCUUGUAAGCGUUAACCUUGACGACUUCACAAAGUUCUCCCAAGCAAAUAAUGUUGAAAGAAGUCUGCUUUAUAAAUUGGUAGUAAGUCACAAAUUAAAGUGCAGAUUUCAACAAUAAUGCGAACAAAUGAUUUUCUACUUGAAAACUUUCAUAAAACGUGUGUAGACAUGGAUUGCACCUGUACCUUUCAGACACUGAAAUUAACUAGACUGUCAAUAAAUAACAGUUCGGCCAGGAGCCAGUAUGCAGCUGAGCUGGGCCACCACUUGCUUAUUUAAUAGACACUUGACAGGCAACAACAGUACGAAUAUCGGAUCACCGGGCAAUUUCCGGCCCCCUUAUAUGGACCAAAAACUUUUUGGUUUCGGACCCAAGGGCACAUCACAGAAGCAAGAACGGCGCAAGGAAAAGCUGAAACUGGAAAACGGUUAACUGGAUAAAGCAGGACCAAUCGGGGAUAACCUCAAGUCAGUAGACGACGGUAGUGCCGCCAGCCUUAUGCUAACGUACCCACUGGAUGCGUUUUGGACGUUUUAUGUGGUGUGAUUACAUACAAAGUCAAUCCAGUUCGCAAAUUCGCUUCCUGCCCCAGAACGCUCAAAGCUGCGAACACUGAGCUUGUCCAGGAAGUAAUGUUGUCAGCGCCUCGCCAAGGGAAAGCCUUGCCCCUUGCCGAGCUUACAGCGCCGGUGACUUGGACAUCCACUUUCAAUUUGUCACGCGAGUAAACUCAAGCGAAGGACACGUAGCGACGAGAUCUUUCGCAUCCAGUGGGUACGUAGCAUCAGAGAUUCAAGACCACCGAGGCAAAGUGAAGCUCCGUUGCCAGGUUAUGUUCAAUAAUGUGCAGAUGACAACUUCGUGCUUAUGAUAACUUUAUUCAUCUUAGAAGUAAGAUGCUGCCACCAAGAUGAAUCUAAUUUGCAACACUUUGUCACGUUGUAACACUUGACAUCAUACAGCAUAUGGCCAGCCUGUGUAAAUUAUUGAUAUCAUAUAUAGCGUGGUUUUCUCGAAGGUGGCAGCAGCAGCAGUGUGUGUGUGUGUGUGUGUGUGUGUGUGUGUGUGUGUGUGUGUUGUGUGUGUGUGUUUGUAUAUCCAUCCAUUAUCUAAGUUGCUUAUCCUCACAAAGGUUGAGGGAGUCCUGGACCCAAUCCCAUCUGUCAUUGUGCAGGCGGCAGGGUUCACCUAAGGGCAAUUUUGUUUGGGGGGGGGACGAUCUCUCCCCAAUAAUCUCCCUCGCUUUGAUUGAUGCCAAUUGUAAUGGAAACGCAACAGACACAUCAAUGCCUCAUCAGUUAUUUUGAGGAAUAACAUCAUUUUGUCUGCAUUGUCAAUUUGAUUCAUUCGCUCUAUAGCGGCAACAUCUGGACACGUGGCAAUUUAAUCCUUGAAUAUUUACUUCUUGAACUUCGCUGUGUGCUGCCAUCUUCAAGUCACAUGACAGAUGAAUUUCGUUCGGCCACCGCUCAAGUAGAACGCACUAUUUUUGUUUUUAACCUUGCGAAGUGAAAUAUACAAAAAAUGUUUGAUCUAUUUGCAGAUUUUUAUGAUUUUAGUUAGAUUUUUUUUUUGGGGGGGGGGUUGUCCCGCCAAGGCCUUUUUGUCAUUGUCAAAGCUUGAAAGUCAGCCAAACAAGACCACGGUAGAGUGUGUAAGAGCAGAGCUUUCAUUCCAAAUCCCAAUACAACCACAUGACGUGUUGGUCACAUCAUGCAUUUAACUCCUCUCCAGUCACAUAAAUGUCUUGCAGUCUUUUGGGGGAUACAACUGAGCCUCGCAGCCGUGGGGAUUUGUGCUGCACAAACCGAAGCACUUUUUGGGUUUGUAGCGCUGACAUAUAAUGUUGACAUGCAAAACGGUCAUGCCGUUCCCCGCUAGCUAAAAGGUAGACUGUAAACAGAGUCAUGGAAGUGAGGCAUAGCCAAGCUGACAGGGUCAUGGGGACGGACGGAGGCAGCCUGCGAGACCGGAGAGGGGGAGCAUCUCGUCACAAGCGCUCCUGACGGGAGGUUAAUUGCUAAUGAAGCGUGAAGUCGCUUAGCUGCGACCAACAGAUUGUUGCCACUGACGUAGCCUCCGCUUCCGCUAACACAAUCAUUCUUUCACACACGCCUUCUCUUUUGUAUUUAUGACCACUAUAUGAUUUAAAUCUGAGCAUGGUUGAGGUCGGGGCCACUUUUUUUUUUUUUUUUUUUUUUUUUGGAUACACUGCUCCUGAUGUGCCAAACAUCCUACUUUAACUAUUUCAGCCUAACACGGCAGCAAGCACUGACGAAUUCACCCGGGGCGUCUGCGGUGACCGGCCACUCUCCGCCGCUUGACAGAUGGACUGAUGCAUCAGCACAUUAGCGUCUAUAGAUUUUCCUCUGAGAUCAUGCAAUAUUUUUCUCCAUUAGCGGAUGCCUUUUAGUAUGGGAAGUUGAUUAGGGGCCAUAAAAGUUUUUGCCUCAGCCAGCGGACUUAUAUUGACUAACAGGCAACACGCGGCGAAAUGGCCUUUUAUGAUGCCGCUCCAGGCCUGAUUGUCUCCUGACUGUUAAUUCAUCUCGCUAACGAGCCACCGGAGGCCCACUUGAGCGCACCCCUGCUUCAUCCGUAGUUGCCGUUUAGUCAGCGGAGUAGCUGAUCCUGACCUUCUGAUCAUUUUUUUUUUUUUUUUAACACCACUAGCAAAUGGAUGUCUACGCGAAGCCCUGCGCAGCCAUCACCGUUCACCAGGUCAAACGCUGGCUAAAGUGCUGGCUAAGACUGCACUCAUGCUUUUAACCUUAAAUGACCUUGAGAGCUUGCGUUCUCAGACCUCGGUUUAACUUGCAGACCACUAACCUUGAAGCAGAGAGAGAGGAUGGGUAGCGGGGAAGAAGAUAUACCAGCGAUGCUAAGCCCUGGCCAUUUUCCUCUGUUACCUGGGCUAGCAAAGAAGCUAACCAAAAUGGCUUCCUAACGAGGAUGACACACGCUAAGUUCAACCCAUACAACUCCAAAUCUGUAAAACACCCGACAAAAUUGACUUUUAAUAGAGCCGCCCAAUUUCAAAAUGCAUAACUUGAAAUCUUUUGGUUUGUGUGCAAGUCCUCAUGUGCCCCACACCCAUUCUAGCAAGGAAAUUUCUGCCAGUCCUGGCAUCGUAAGUAUUGAGUUCAGUUCCUACAGUGGCCAUGUAACCUGAAUUUGUACAUAAGUUGAAUCUGCACUAACUCUAGACAUUGUAGUAAAGUCAUAAUUACACUAAAUAAUUGUAUUUAAAAACACUAGCCCAUGAAGAUUGUACUAUACAAUCCUAUGAAAAACACAAAGUAUGAUGACGAUAAGUAAGCGUGCCUUCUUGUACUUUGUGAGCAUGCAUUCUCGCAUUGCUGCACAAACCAAUUCAUUAUGCGCCGCGCGUCGAAAUCUCGCCUGUCGGGAACCUCGUAAACUGAGGACUUUCUGUAUCGUAGCACAAAAACACUUGUACAGUAAAUCUCGCAGUGAGAUGGGAACAAGGACGAAAGCUAUCACCAUCUGGCUGUGACAGAUAUGGAGCAGUGACGCAAUUUCCAUCGGCGACCAAUCGCGAGAUCCUCUGCCAGCCUGAAUUGCACGCAGUGUGAACAUUCAGUAAAUUUCACAGGAAGCAACAGACUGGCUUCGUAAGACAAACACAGUCCCGACCGACUGAUGUAAUGCAACCAAUUCUCUCCUUAACACUCAAGAUGAACCACAACUACCAAAAAGUAAAACAAAAAAACGAGAAAAAAAAAAAAUUUUGCACGUGUGUGUGUGUGUGUAUGUGUGUGUGUGUCUUUGCUUCCAAGAGAAUUGUUUGUCAUUUUUGGUGUUGGGGUAUAUAAAUGGCAGCAACGGGGGGAGAGACAAACGCUUAAAUCAUGUACUUUUUGGGAGUUGGGGAGGGUGUCAAGGUGUCUGUGGUUAUUAUAAAUGUAAGCAUUUUUAUUUUUACUGUGGGUGGAAAAAAAACAAACUGUGGAUAUUUAUGAAAAUGUAAUCAGCCCAGUGGAGCCCAUAUGUGGUGCGAUGUAAAGGAAAUGUCAUUGUGAAUGUAAACAUUUUACCAACAUUAAUAGCACGAUGCUUUUUUUUUUGUUUGUUUUUUUACCUAAUUUGUGUGCCUAUAGUUUUUUUUUUUCCCCCAUUUUUGGCAAUUAUACAGAAUAAGCACAUUGUUUUGCACAAUUAACGGAGGUAGACGUAGUGGACCUCACAAAAAAAUCCCACAAUAUUCACCAUUUUUCAAGCUGUCAAAAAAACUUUUCCGAUCAAGUAGAAGCGUUUCCAUUGGCCAACCUUUACAGUUUUGCAAAAAGAAGAAAAAAAAAAACCGGCAAAGCUCGCUUGUUGCUCUCCUGGCGCAGCAUCAACUCCGAGAAGCGUUCGCCCACUCGAGAACACCCCACAGCCGCUCUCAUUAUGCUCAAUUCCCACAGCCGAACUGCACUCGAGCCGCCUCAUACCUGCCAUCGCCUGACACCAACCCACACACAGACAUAAACAUACAAAAAAAAAACACUUCUCCUUCCUCCUCCUUUAGUCAAUGCUUCUGUCAAAAUGCGUAUUCCGCAUCUACACUCUGGUUUGGAAAGAGUCUGAAUAUCAAUGCGGCCGUUGGCCAAAUUAAUGCAAACAUCUUCCCACACCUUUUCACCCUGGUUCUUUUUUGGGUGAAUGUUCAUCUUUACAUUUACAUUUUAAAAUUACAGCUUUUGGCAUCCAAUCAAAUGGCUACUUUCUACUCAUAAGCGGAAUCCGCACAGACCAAUCUGUCAGCUUUCCAGAUUUUUUGAAUGUGAGGGACCCACUCAUAAAGGGGGAGGGUGGGUGUAUUCCAAACGACCAACACGGUACACUUAACAACGUCGUGUUGUAGUACCAAGACUGACAUGAGAGAAAAAAUAAUAGACGAAAGACAACAAGAAGAGAAGCAGCAAUAUUCGCAUUUCACAAUAGCUGACUGUGGUUCGACCCAACUUGAUUCUGACCACGCAUACGCGUGGAUUUGCAGUUGUAAAUAUUGAACAGGUUUAACUUGGUCGGCUGUCUUAACAGAUCCCAUGCCGUGGCAUAAUUGCUCAGGAUAAUCUUUUGAGGCUGUCCAGUUAUCCUGCAUAUGCUGACUGAAAUCGGAAGGCUGGGGAAAAAAAAAAAAUCCAUGGAAGUUAGCGUUGUCGGGAUCAACCAUUUUCUGAGCAGCUCUGGGAGGCAAGGUCAGACUGACCACACUCCACACCACAGGAUAAUCUUUCAGACACAUCUGAUAAUUAGGCCUUUGCUGACUUGGAUUGGAAAGGAGGGUAAAAUAUUUUCAAAUUCAGCAUGAUUGUUGUCAUGCGUUUGCAUUUUUUUCCUAGAUUGAAGCCAUUGUUGUUUUUGUUUUUUUCACUCAGAGGUAAAAGAUCACUCAACACUCCGUCCCACAGGAAAAUCUCUGAGAUGAAUCUUUCAGAGACUGAGAAACGGGGCUUUACUGUCUUUGAUGGGAAUCUUGGGGAAAAAAAAUUGGUUAUCGUUGCAAUUGUCUUUCCAAUAGUCUCACUCGGCUGUUUGCGAAGGAAAAAACAUAACACACCCCACACCAUCGGAUAAUCUCUGAGUGCGCCCUUCUUUUGUAAAAAUAUUUGUUUUGCACGGAGUAACCUCCAGCCUCAACUACCUGGACAUGUAUUACACAAUGUCUUUAGAAGUGUCCACAUUAGAGCGGAACUCCAAAUAAUGGCAUGUAGUAAUGCCUAAACCGGCCUUGAAAUACACGACGCUCGAUGUAUCCACAGGUCUAUGCAAUGAGCAGUCCAAAUCCAGUCCAGUUGUUUCAUCUGAGGAUUCUGACAAUAGCGGUUCUGUCCAAACUAAAGCAGACAAGAGGAGGAGCAGGAUAACACUAAAAGACUGAAGAGGCGCUUGUGAACUAGCUUGCUAGCUAGGCUAAGCCUCACAACCAGAUCAGCUCUAGCUAACUCUGCUGCAAUUCCUGAAAUCAUUGGUAUUUUGUAGAUACUGAUCUAGAUCAAUGUUUUGUCAUACCCCUCUUAAAUACUAACUCAGCCCGGUUAGCAAUUGGGUCCGCUACCUGCUAGCAUCGUUCUACCUUUCAGUCAGUUUUACUGCUUGUCAGUGGAAGGCAUUUCUAACGGUGCUUUCAUUUUCAAUUGAAUCAUUUUGAAGUAAAACUCAAUUUUACCGUUUGUAUUUUUUCUUUUUUAGCAUCUUAUUAUAGGUGUUCACGGAGUCAUUAAAUUGUUUGUUGUCCACAAACGUCUGCCUAGGCAAAGCCUUAACAUCCUCCAUCUCACCUGUAAUUUUUCCUUUGUAAAUAGUAUAAAUAUAUAAAAAGGUAGCAGAUGGGGGGGGGAGAAAAAAUAUGAAGUACUAACUUAUGGUGUCACGUUUUGUAACGCUCACUGACGCGAAAGCAUGAAGGAUUUAUUUUUUUCGUUUUGUUCUUUUUGCAGUGCUGUAUAAUUCAAAAGUUUUCAUUUGCGAGUGCUUUAUUCUCUACUGCCGCGUUGUGAUUGUUGCCAAAAGCGGUGGCAAGUGUGCUUUGUCGUCUAUACAAUUUAAAAUGUACACGCGCAGCAGAACAACACUCUUACUCCAAAAUGUGCUUUUUAUCGAUUGCUCUGUGGAAGUUGUUUUUCUUCCUAUUGUUCUUGCUUUUUUUUCUUUUAAAUAAUUGAUUUUCAAGCAGCAAAAGAAUGGGACCCUAGCGGGAGGGGGGAGUUGAAUUAGACUGGUUCCGGCUGCUUUUGUCAUGUCUUCUUUUCGUACUUGGUUGUCAUUAAAGAUUUGAAUUUUUUUUUCCUUUUUGAAGCA